GAGCGCUCCGUAGGCCCGGGAGCUCGGCCGGCCCUGGGCGCGUGGGAGCCGUGGCGCGGCGCUGCGAGGCCCGAAGAGGAGGGCGCGGAGGACAUUUCUGGAGAGCUUAGAAGCGUUUCCGCCAUGGAAUCCAUCUCUAUGAUGGGAAGCCCCAAGAGCCUGGAGACUUUUUUGCCUAACGGCAUAAAUGGCAUCAAAGAUGCCAGGAAGGUCACUGUGGGCGUGAUAGGAAGUGGGGAUUUCGCCAAGUCUCUGACCAUUCGGCUUAUUAGGUGUGGCUACCACGUGGUCAUAGGGAGCAGAAAUCCGAAGUUUGCGUCUGAAUUUUUUCCUCAUGUGGUGGAUGUCACCCACCAUGAAGACGCAUUAACAAAGACAAAUAUAAUAUUUGUGGCCAUCCAUAGAGAACAUUACACCUCCUUGUGGGACCUGAGACACCUGCUUGUGGGCAAAAUCCUGAUUGACGUCAGCAACAACAUGAGGGUAAAUCAGUACCCAGAGUCCAAUGCCGAGUACCUGGCUUCGCUCUUCCCGGACUCGCUGAUUGUCAAAGGAUUUAAUGUCAUCUCAGCUUGGGCUCUUCAGUUAGGGCCCAAGGAUGCCAGCCGCCAGGUCUAUAUAUGCAGCAACAACAUCCAGGCUCGGCAGCAGGUCAUUGAACUUGCCCGUCAAUUGAAUUUUAUUCCUGUUGACCUGGGAUCCUUAUCGUCAGCCAAGGAGAUUGAAAAUUUACCCCUGCGACUGUUUACUCUCUGGAGGGGACCAGUGGUCGUAGCCAUAAGCCUGGCCACAUUUUUCUUCCUUUAUUCCUUUGUCAGAGAUGUGAUACAUCCAUAUGCCCAGAACCAGCAGAGUGACUUUUACAAGAUUCCUAUUGAGAUUGUGAACAAAACCUUGCCUAUCGUCGCCAUUACUUUGCUGUCCCUGGUGUACCUGGCAGGCCUCCUGGCAGCUACGUACCAGCUUUACUACGGCACCAAGUACCGCAGAUUCCCACCGUGGCUGGAUACCUGGCUGCAGUGCAGGAAGCAGCUGGGACUGCUGGGCUUUUUCUUUGCUGUUGUCCAUGUGGCCUACAGCCUCUGCUUGCCGAUGAGAAGGUCAGAAAGAUACUUGUUUCUCAACAUGGCUUAUCAGCAGGUUCAUGCAAAUAUUGAAAAUGCCUGGAAUGAGGAAGAGGUUUGGAGAAUUGAAAUGUACAUCUCCUUUGGCAUCAUGAGCCUGGGCUUACUGUCCCUCCUGGCAGUCACUUCAAUCCCUUCAGUGAGCAACGCCUUAAACUGGAGGGAAUUCAGUUUUAUUCAGUCUACGCUCGGCUACGUCGCUCUGCUCAUCAGUACUUUCCACGUGUUAAUCUACGGAUGGAAACGCGCCUUUGCCGAAGAAUACUACCGCUUUUACACACCGCCAAACUUCGUCCUGGCCCUUGUCUUACCCUCGGUUGUAAUUGUGGGGAAGAUGAUUUUACUCCUCCCGUGCAUAAGCCGAAAGCUAAAAAGAAUCAAGAAGGGCUGGGAAAAGAGCCAGUUUCUAGAAGAAGGCCUGGGAGGAACAGUUCCUCAUCUGUCCCCAGAGAGGGUCACCGUGAUGUGAGGAGAAGGGGUGCUCACGGACAGUACCCACCUCCGCUCAUGCCAUCAUGUACGCCCCCUCCACGCUCCCUGCACGUGGACUGUCCGUCUGCUGCAGUAGGAAACCUGGCAGCGAGGUGUCAGCUGAACGGGGAAAGGGGAAAGGGUUUUCUCCAAGUUAAUUUUUCUAAGUGUCAUAUUUUGCCAACAUGAAAUUUUGUAGCCCACUUGUAUUGUUCCAACCUAGGAAUGUUUUCUGCAACCGUAGCGGAAUCAUUAUUUUAACUAUAUUGCACAACCAGGCAGAAAUAUUUGUAGCUGAUCAUAUAGAACAUUUGGAAUACUUGGCGAACCAGCAGAAUUUGAAACUUGCAGUAUUACUGAGUGGGUAUGCUUUAUCCCUGAGGCUAAAGAUUUUAAUUAUUAUCCACAUUAAGAAGCAGAAAUGCAUACCAUAAUAGUAUGUAGGGUGCACGGGAGCAAUCUUACACCUUCAUCAGAUGGAACUGGAAAGAUGCCAUCCAUUACACAAAGCUGCGAGAGAAUGUGAGCACACACACGUUACAGACAAACCCGAAAUCGUAGUUAAAGUGCACUGCAGGCAUGGAGUGGAUGCUGCUAACGCACAGCUCAUGGGAGCUUUGUCCUCUUACGUUACGGAGCAGUGUCGUUUUCAUAGAUGCGUCAAUCAGGGAAGACUCAAUGACUUGAUUCCCAAGCUGUUGUUUCGAGUAGAGUCCCAGCCCCAGGAACUGUAGCACUGUCCUUCAGUGCAGUGAGAGCCAGGUUUGCACGUCGCACGUCCGUGCGUCUUUGCUUCUUUGGCCUGUCUUCUGAGCAGGACUUUAUUGGUGUUCACUGAGGGAAUGUGGCAUGGUUCUGGACAUUUGUCUUGUCCCCUUUAGUAUUUAUACCAACCUGUGAAAUGGUUCUAUCAUCUUCGUUUUAUGUAUAGGGAAACUGAAAGGAUAGAAAAGUUCAGUUUGCCUAAGUCCCCAUGGUGAUUAGAUGGCGGGGGGGGGGGGGGGGGGAGAGCAGUCAUGGCCAGGUAGUCACCCUGCAGAAGCCGUUGCUUUAUGAGACAUCAGGAUAUACAACCCCUGCCCUAUCUCCGUGCACUGCGUUCAUGGUGUCAAGCGAGAUGUGUCCUCGCUUGUACAGCCAUUGGCAGUCUUUAGCGUAUGUUGUGUGCAUCAACAGAUAUAUAGAUGUAUGUUUAAUCCCAAUUUUAUUAUUGCCUGGGAACCCACAGUCGUGCAGCACCUCCCUGUGCAGUGAAGGGCUGUGUGGGGAGAGGAUCCGGACAGUGUGGACGAACUGUUGGGGUCCUGCAGCUCUUCAGACGUUCCCAUCAGGCGGCCAUGCCCUUUGCUCUUCCUGGGACGUCUUCCUGCCUUCACUACCAUUCCUUAGGAAGCAGUUUACGAGCAUGCAGGACAACAGGACAAGCGGCUAAUUACACAUCCACUCCAGAGACUUAGAAGCUUAUAGAUUAUUCUUAGAAUUUCUCAGUACUAGUCUUCCAUGUGUGGAUUGCAUUUUGUUCAAACUUUGGGAUAUACCACAUUUUCUCCAUUUGUUCCUUAUGCAUCAUAGUACAAGGUUAGAAAAGCGAUGUCAUUGUGUGUAUUCUUCCUAAAAUUGUACCAUUUCCAAAGUUACCUACUGACCCGAAUCCAACCAUCAAAAAUAAAAUGACUUAUUUUUGUGGGAACCUGUCUUUCCCUCCAGUGUUCUAUCCCUGCAUUGUUAGUCUGGGAAAUCAGCCACUAAUUCUUCAAUGAUUCCUUGGUGAACUGUAAUAUUGAACACUCCAUUUCCAUUCUAUUGAUCAUAGUCAUUAAUUCUUAGUAGGAAUUCAGUAUAGCGAUGGCUUUUUAACAGUAAAUCCCUACAAGCUGGGUGUGGUGGCGCACAACUUGAAUCCCAGCUCUCGGGAGGGAAGCGCAGGUCAGCCUGGUCUAGAGUGAGUUCCAGGACAGCCAGAGCUCCCCUGAGACUGUGUCUGAGUAGAUCCGAUCAUGCACACACCGGUGCUGCCAUGAGCUAAUGGAAGUAGCAAUGCGUUUUCAAUCCUUGCUUACUUCUUAAACUUCACUCUACGACAAUCUAGUGUGAAAAUACAGCGAAAUAUUUCUAAAAGUUAGGUGAUUAACUACAUUGUCAUAUAGGUUAGGUAGCCCAUAACAUAAAGUGACUGCUAUUAUACAUACAUAGGACUUUUGGGAAUAUAAAAUUACAUAAAGGCUACAAAUAUAUUUCGAAUGACACUUUUUCUCGGAAUGCUACAAACAAUGGGAUAAUUAUUAGUUCUAGAAUAAGUGUAGUACCGUCAUUACAAUUCUAAAUGUUUAAAGGCCUCUCUCACAAAACAUAUCAGUUUAUUGGCGUUUGGUUGCUUGAUUUACUACUUCUGUAAUUUUUCUUUUUAUGAAUUUCCCCUAAAGGCAUUUUUUUCUGGCUUCAGAAGUAGGCUGAAUUUUGUGGUUGACAAAAGUGAGGAGGUGGCAGGAGAGUACCACUUAAAGAGCCGGCCUAGUGAGGCGUCUCGGUGGGUGGGGCGCCUGUAGGGAGCCUGAUGGCUGACUGUGUCUGCCCCCCACCACGAAUGUGGGGUCGGCACUGCUCCUGCGAGCUGUCCUUGGACGUGACAUGCACACCCGUGUUCUCAUCUCCCUCCUGCUGCCCCUCUCUCUCUCUCUCUCUCUCUCUCUCUCUCUCUCUCUCUCUCUCUCUCUCUCUCUCUCACACGCACACACACACACACACACACACAGUAAAGGAAAUACCAUUUUAAAUUUUUAGGGGUGGAGGUUUUAAAGAGGAGCAAAACUUUGUUUACUAACGUAUGGUUUGAGACGGAUGAGUGAGAAAAUGAUAGGAAUGUAGAAAGUAUAAUCUGUCUUCAUCCUUUGUAAAGACAGUCAAAUAGCUUUUCCUAUGAGGAAAAAAACUCAUAACAUGUAUCAUGCUACUUAGCCUUUCUUCAGAUUUCAUGUCUCCUUUAUUAGGAAUAUUUAAAACCACAUUUUAAUAUAAACGUAAUCAUAUUAGCAUCUUUUAAAAAGAAAAUAUGCUGAAAUUUAGCUCAGGUAAUCUACAUGAGCUUUUUAUUUAAAUUCUAAAACAUUGAGCAUGAAUAAAAUUAUGAUUAUUUAUCAGAAAUAAUUAUUUUGUAUAAUACAGAAGGUGGCUGAUGAGUUCAUGCUAAACUACCUAAUUAUUUUCUUAUAAAUUAGCUUAACUUCAAAUUGACUAAAGAAUUUUACUUUCAAAAUUAAUUUGAUAAUGAUAAAAAUAUGUUCCUACUUACAUUCAAAUUAUAAAAAUUAUUUUUUAUUCACAAAUAUAUUCAACCUGAUGUACAUAGUGAGUUCCAGGG